CUGAAGUAGACCUGCCCAGCAAGCCGAGCAACUUUUUGCUCCCCGCCUUGCUCUCUUUUAAACGCCGGGCUUGCGAGGAGGUCGAGAGACUCCCUCUGCAGCUGAGGGAAGACUAGGCGCAAACACCGAGCCUGAUUGCGCGCCGUCGUCGCGUCGUGCGCCCCUGCGAGGCAAAGCGCCUGUUCCCCUCCUGCGUGGACUCGCAAAGGUGAGAGGAGGAGGAGUAGAGGAGGAGGAGGAGGAGGAGCAGCAUGGAGGGACGGCUUCGCUUUCCCGCUGGAUGGAUUUAGGGACAGGGUGGCGGGGAGAGGAGGCUGUAAGGCACCGAGCAGUGCGCCUGGCUGAUCCGGUCGUCUGAGGGGAAAAGCACCUGAAGGAGGGGGUUGAGGAUGGCAGCCGCCGCAGCACCAGCCGACUGCGGACACCGCUGCUGAGGGAGAGCUUGGCGGCGGCAGGAGGAGGAAGAGAAGGACAGGCAGAACAGCAGCUGCAGCAACAGCGCCUGAGAUCAACCUGAAGAAUCAGCAUCUUUUUAAUUGAUUACACCAAGGUUUUGAUUCUCCAUCUGGGUUCCAAUCCAGCCAUUCCUUUCUGCAAGGUGAGAUCUUCCUCCGGGGCACAACCAUGACUACUUCUGCCUUGCGCCGGCAGGUGAAAAACAUUGUGCACAAUUACUCUGAGGCAGAGAUCAAGGUGCGUGAGGCCACCUCCAAUGACCCCUGGGGCCCCCCGAGCUCCUUGAUGUCCGAGAUUGCAGACCUGACCUUCAACACCGUGGCAUUUGCCGAGGUCAUGGGCAUGAUCUGGAGGCGGCUGAACGACAGUGGCAAGAACUGGCGCCAUGUCUACAAGGCACUGACUCUUCUGGACUACCUCAUCAAAACUGGCUCAGAGAAGGUGGCUCACCAGUGCCGGGAGAACCUGUACACCAUCCAGACCUUAAAGGAGUUCCAGUACAUAGACCGCGAUGGCAAGGACCAGGGCAUCAAUGUCCGGGAAAAGGUAAAGCAAGUGAUGGGCUUGCUGAAGGAUGAGGAGAGACUGAAGCAGGAGAGAGCCUAUGCCCUGAAAACCAAAGAGCGGAUGUCCCUUGAAGGCAUGGGGAUUAGCAGCAGCAACAGCCAGCAGCUUGCCUAUGGGCGGCGGGCGUCACAGUACGGAGAAGACUAUGGCAGGUCAAGAGAGUCUCCGUCCUCCUUUAAUUCCUCUUCCUCAUCCCCCCGGUUCAAUUCUGACCUGGAGCAGGCAAGGCCACAGACGACUGGAGAGGAGGAGCUUCAGCUCCAGCUUGCCCUGGCCAUGAGUCGAGAAGAAGCAGAGAAGCAGCCACUUCCUCCAGUCUCCAGCACAGAUGAAGACUUGCAAUUACAGAUAGCGCUUACCCUGAGCAAACAGGAACAUGAGAAGGAAGUGAGGGCAUGGCAAGGAGAAAACUCACUACUGCAGAGGGCAUUGGAAGAAAGUCACCAGGGUGUGGAAGAAGAAGGAGAAGGAGAAAAGACCAAGAAAAGUCAGUCUUCUGUGCUGGAGCUGGCAGACAUUUUCGGACCGGCACCGAUCACUUCUACCCACACUUCAGCUGACCCAUGGGAUAUUCCAGGUGGGGGCAACAAUCGAUCUGUUGAGGUUUGGAAUCAUGACGCAGCCUUCUCUCCUCCAGCUCUGUCCUUGUCUACUUCUUGGGAGCACAACAAUACCAAGUCCACCGUAGAAUCGACAGGAACAUCCUGGGGUCCCACGGCAGACCCUUGGGUGCCCGUAUCUUCAGGGGAUCCUCUAAGUAAGACAGCAUGUUCUACCAAUCAAGCCUCUCCAGGGCUCUGGAACCUUCCUCAUGCCUCUUCCUCCUCUGCUUCCUCUUCCGAUCCAUGGGGGGUCAAAUCCCUGCCUUCGAGUGUCUCUUCUUCAGACCCCUGGGGAAAGUCCUCACCCCCUGCACUAGUUCCUGCAGGCACAACUUCUGCUGCUGACCCUUGGGGAGGCACUGUGGAGAUGUCUUCCACGUCUGGCAGUGCUGCUUUUGACUUGUUUGCAAAACUACCUGAACAUAUGGAUCAGCCAGAACAUGACAGUUCUGGAAAAUCCAACAGCCCUGUAGAUGUGGACCUGUUUGGUGACCUUAUUCCAAGCACGAAAGAGAAUGGAGUCAAGAAUAAGGACGUUUUUGAUAUUGCAGGUUUAGGAGACUCUCUUCCUGAUUCAAAGAAGGAGAAGAAAGACAGCAAAACGCCAGAGGCAUUUCUUGGCCCAAAUGCCUCCUCUCUGGUUAAUCUGGACUCCUUGGUCACAGCCCCUCAGAACCUGAUGUCUCGCAAUCCAUUUCUGGCAGGUCUCAGCACACCUUCUCCCACCAACCCAUUCAACGUCAUGGACCAGCCCAAACCAACUCUCAACCAGAUGCGGACCAGCUCCCCAGUGCCCACCAUAGCUAUGGGGAUGACCAUGAACUCCAUGACCUACAGUGCUUCACUCCCUCUCCCACUCAGCAGCAUCCAACCAGCGAUGGCCCUCCCGGCCUCCAUGAGUGCCUUCCCUCAGACUGGAGCAGGGCCUUUCCCAGAGCUACCUGGCAACUUGCCUCAACCUCUCCUACCACUGUCUGGCUCAGGUCCCCCGCCACUACCUUCUCAAGGUGGUAUGAACCCUUUCCUCUGAGAAGACUCUUGUUGGUGUCAUGCAAACUGUUCUCUUGCUCCUUCCCCAGCUGCUAUGGAAAAUCUCCCAUGCAAAAUGGCUUUGUGGGCACAUUAGUUUUGAUGGGGGUGGGGGAGGAAACGUCUCCCUGGAAACUCUUCUCUAGUUUCUGCCUAAGCCAAAGAGAUUCAUAAGCAAGAAUCUCCUUGUUUGGUGGCCUAUAGAAGAACCAACCGCUCCAUCACGUUGAACAUUGCCUGGAGUCUGCUGCUUCUGAUGGAGAACUGGGACAUCCCUGCCACUAGCUGGCCUUGUUUUGAUGGGUACCCAGGAGACGGGAGGUCUUUUAAGAAGGGCUUGAGUUUUCAAGGGUCUUCAUUCUCCAGUGCUUUUAUGUUGGUACACACAGAGGCUAGGAUAAAAUAAAGAUUAACUCAUGGAAGAUUGUCCCUUCAGAGGAAAGGGAAUCAAAUUAUUUCGUAACCUGCAUGGAAAACACAAAAAAAUGUUUUGCCAAGGCUUGCAGCGGCACUGCGUGCAUGACAGUCUCACUUCUGGAAAACAGGAUAGGUCAGCAAGUAUAGCACUGUUAUACAUUAGAGGAGGAAAUCAAAUUUCUUUUUGCAGAGUCACUUUCACUGGGUCCCUUAAUGAAGGGGAGUCUCUUCCUCAGUUGCGCUUGUCCUCCAGUUACACUAUGGGAAAAAAUACAUAUAUUCAGAAGUCUGCAACUAGAAAGCCUUCCUGACUGUAAAAAUAAACAGCAGCAGCAGCAGCGAGACCAACUGCAUACACAUUCUUCUUUGUGCACCCUUCAUUCUGCUUACAAUUUUUGGAGCAAAGUUGAUAAGUUUUGAGACUGGUUAUGGGAAGGAGGUGUAACAGCAUCAAGAACAACAGCCUGACCACUGGAAGUCUGGCCAACCUCUUCUGGCUUUAAUUCUUGAGAAGCAAAUUUGCCCAAAAAACAAGCCAGGCUAGAAACUUGCCUUGCUAAAAAAAAAAGGCCCUGAACUCGGAUGCUCAGGAUUCUGAAGAAGCAUUACACUUUGCACUAGGAGAGCACAAUUCUCAGACUCACUCUUGUAUCUGCCCAGAUGUUCCUCCGUUCUGAAUCCGAUGUCUCUGCCACUUGCGUUUCUGCCUCCUUCAGUCCAAAUGACUUUCUCCUUUGACCUCUCAAUAAUCAUUUGAGGAAUCCAGUUUCUCCUUUGUUAUCAUCCUGGACAACCCCUUAGUUACAGGACAUGCUUGAUCGCAGACUUUUGUUGCUGUCCCCAGCGCCUACCUCUCAAGCCCCAAACUAAAAAACAUGGGAUACCCGUGACUGAGGGGCACUCCAGAAAGUGCAGAUUCCACAGUGGAAAAGGGUGCUUGAAUGAACUUUGGGAAACUCAUGAGGAAGUUCUGGACUGCGUUAAUGGAGGCAAAUGAUGGAGGUCAUUGUUUGAAUAUGAUGUCGGGAAUCCUGACUCUGUGGUGAUAAAACUUUAUUAUUGUGCUUGAUGGCCUUGGAACAUUUCAUUUUGGGGCUUAAACUUGCUUUAAAAACUCAAGAGAGAGAGAGAAAAUGUAUCAAUAGGUGCGUUAUCUUCAAUUCAGCCAACCUCUCCUUCCAAGCUGGAAUGGCAGAGACAGAGUGUAUGUACAGCAUGAAGUUAAAUCCCAGUUACCUACUGUGUCUUAAUCUAGGAUUUCAGCAUGCCAAUACAAAAUUCAUCUGCAGGACAAGAUGUUUGUGGAGCACUGAUCCAGCUAGAAUAAGCUUGAGGUGGGAUGUGAAUAGGGGCCAGGCAUGGAGAGCAUUGUGGUACAACCACUGAAGUUUUGUUGCCUAUGCUUAAGUACCGCCACAGCAAUCGCCACACCAAUACAACUUUUCUGGCUAUAAUGGAACAUAAAGAGGGGGGAGGGAAAUAAGAAGUCAAUAAAAAGUUCAAAUACUGUAUGCUUGAGGUUUCACACUUCAUAAUGGAUUUCUUUUCUGUGUUAAACCACUUUCCUUCUCUUCGGGUUUGAUCAAAGGGGUCUCAAGCUAAGGUUGCACACUUUUGAAGGAAAAGAGUGCUUGUGGGGAGGAGGCGUCCUGCUGUCUUUUAAUAGCCCGACUAUUUACUUCUUGUAUGCCUGCACACUGCCUCUAUUGGCAGCUGCUUCAGUUACAUCUUUGUUUUAGAACUAGGGUUUCUUCUUUCCAGCUAUUCAGCCCACUCAAUUCAGAGUCAGGUCAAAGCUCUUCAGUCUCAGCAUAAAUGGACAAUUGCCAUGACAUGGCAUCACCAUUCAAAUAUUGUUAUGUGACAACAGUACAAAGACAAUUCAGAGUGCCAGCAAUGUUCCUUGCCCUCACUCUCAACAGGCAAACAACCUGCAUGCAACUGCUUGUGAGCUUUGCUGACUAUUCACUGUUGGAGAGAGCAUGAUGAUGCAGUAGCUGGACCUCCAGGCUGUUUUGAAAUGCCUUGACGGUGCAAAUGUCCUUACGCUAAUUAAUAACCAGAAUCCAUGGUGCACCAUGUGAUCAAAAACAGGAAGAUUUUUUAGCUCCUUGAGCAGUCUUCUUUAGCAACCCGUGUUGGCAAACAAGAUUGUAGUUUAGUGGAGCCUUUGCCUUUUGCUAACUGCAGGAAGUUGAGUCGUUUCCAAGCUGAAAUGAAUGAAAGCUGCUAACACAAGUGCAAAACAAAUCAGCAUACCUCUUGUUUGCCAUGUUAAGGCAACAAGCUAGACAUGUGCUGAUUUGUUUUGAAUUGCAUUUGAGCGGCCUGGGUUUCUGCAGCCCAUGCUAAAAUGAAUAAUAUUCAGCACUGGUCUGUAGUUCCCCUUGAGAUGAAUGUAAUGGAAAAUUCACUGAUGUUCUUGCUGGCAAAUUAAAACCAUUUACAGUCUUGCAUGGCUGCAUUCCCAAGGCAUUUGUUUAUUGCUUGCCAGCACAGGUAAUUAGAGGACAUCACCUAGAUCUUCCCCUGGGCAACAAUUAACAUGCUCUAACACUCUUUGAUUUAAAAGCAAUCUCAAAAACAGGAUUCUCUUUAAUGCCCACUACAGUUAUUUCAUUUACAUUGGGUCAGAAAGACACAGAUUGCAUCCAUGCUAGGGCCCAUUAGUGUGGCCUUCUAUAAUGCUUCAUUAGGAAGUCCUGGUUAGCAAAAGAACUUUGCAAUGUUAAUUAAAAGUUACCUACUUGUAGCUUCUGGUCAUUUUAUUGUUUGUUCAGGUUGCUGUAGGAGAAAAUUAGUGAGGAAAUGCAAAAUAAAACAGAGAUUGGCAUUAAUGGUAAUUAAGGGGUAUCGGUAAUCCUGCUGCUGUGCUUAACAAGAUUCAAUAACAGAGGCAGAAGUUUCUAGAAAACUGUUAAUUACAAGCACACGAGCCCCAAAAAGUCUUACUAUAACUUUGGCUGUCCACACUGGACAGGUUUGCACUACAAUGGCAUUUUGAUGCAAAAAUGCCCCUCACCCCAAACACCCAUAAUCAGAUCAAGUAUGCCUCUGGAUACCAGAGAGUGCUGCUCUGAUCUUUCGCUUAACCUAUUUUGGAAGGGCCCAAAUGCAGCGAUAAAUAAAAUAAAAUAAUCUCUUAGCUCAGUCACAAGAGAAGUCCUUUCUGUUUGACUCCAGCUAUUGAACUUUGUUUUUAAAACCAUUCAUUCGCAAGAUUUAAAUAAUAGGUUUUGAUGAACCCAUUACUCAGCAUUGAAACGUCUACAUAUGCCACUGUAUACCACGAGGUACGGUAUGUAUACUAUGCUCGUAGAAAGGUAUCCCAUCUUUUCUAAGGGCAUUAUUAUAGCAAUGUAGUCUAGAUUUGCGUUGGAAAUGUUUGCUGUAAAGUAAGCUGAGUGUUAACCAGGGACAAAGCAGGGAUGGGGAGCCUGUGGCACUUCAAAUGUUGUUGGACUACAGCUCCCAUCAACACCAGCCAGCAUGGCCAAUGGUCAGGGACAACAGACAUUGUAGUCCAACAUCAUCUCGUGGGCCACAGGUCCCCCCCACCCCCUCUCUAAGGGCAAGAUAAAUGUAGUCAAAAUGCAGAGAGUUGUUGGACGUUUCAUAAGAAUAUCACAAAUUGGCUCCCAGUACAUUUCCGAGCACAAUUCAAAGUGUUGGUGUUGACCUUUAAAGCCCUAAACGGCCUCGGUCCAGUAUACCUGAAGGAGCGUCUCCACCCCCAUCGUUCUGCCUGGACACUGAGGUCUAGCGCCGAGGGC